AUGAAGACUCAGCGCGCCAUGGAUCAUUCUGAAGUUGUCCACGACGAGGACCCGACCAAAGCUGCCACGCAGAAAAACAUGACUCAAUCGCGCAUGCAGGCAGCUUUGGUCAGGGAGAAUCCUCGUGUCCUCCGAAAGAGCUUCUUAAAGCUGUACGGAUGCAUUUUUGUUGGAUACUUAUGCUCAGCCACCAAUGGAUUCGAUUCUACGACUUUUGGAGGGCUGUCUGCAAUCCCACAAUUUACUGAGCACUUUGGCAUCACAACCCAAAACCAAGGCCUUGUUGCAGCCGUGUAUGUCAUCGGAAACAUCGCUGGUUCGUUCUUUGGCGGGCCAUGCGCAGACACGUAUGGUCGCCGGGUCGGGAUGGCCCUUGGGUCAGCCAUUUGUGUUAUUGGCACUCUUCUCCAAACCGUGGGAACCAGCCUUGCCAUACUCAUGGCAGGCCGCUUCAUCCUUGGAGUGGGCGCUGUGCUGGUUCAAACGUCGGGUCCUGCCUACGUUGUGGAGAUGUCAUAUCCGAAGUAUCGAGCUCAACUUACGGGAGGCUACCAAGUAUGCUUCUUUCUGGGCACGAUCAUAUCAACAUGGCUUGAAUUUGGUCUCAAUCAUGCAACUACGACCCUUUCUUACCCAUGGAGACUUCCCCUUGCUAUACAAGGCCUUCCAUCUGUUAUCAUUCUAUGCGCUGUUUGGUUUAUUCCGGAAAGCCCUCGAUGGUAUAUCGGCCAAGGACGGGAGGCUGAAGCUCGAGCUGUUCUCGUCCAGUACCACGGAGAUGGAAACCCGGACGCACUCGUCGCAAAUCUCGAGCUGCAAGAAAUGCUGGAAGUCAUUGAACAGGACGGUUCUGACAAGAGAUGGUGGGAUUUCAGGUCGCUCUUCAACACCCGAGCUGCGCGCUACCGUACUUUUCUGGUAACGUGCAUUUCCUGGUUUGGCGAACUUGACCUGCCGCCCACAAGCUACUAUUUCCCUCUGAUGGUGAAGACUGCCGGAAUCACCAAUGUCUCUACCCAACUAUUGCUCAACGCAAUUCAGACAGUCGUCAUGGCAAUUGCGGCACUUUGUGGCCUUAAAAUGAUACAUAAGACCGGCAGACGACAGCUUCUCAUAUGGUGCAGCGUUGGGAUGACAAUUUCCAUGGCUGUCAUUACAGCAUGCACUGCGAAACAGGCCGGGAAGCCCGCUACCCCCAUGCAAACACUCUACCCUGCAGAAGUCCUUGCUUAUAACUCUAGGGCCAAAGGUAUGGCCUACCUGGCAUUCAUGAACAAUGCUGUCAAGGUCAUGAACACAUAUGUUCCCCCGAUCGCCAUUGCAAACUCUGGCUGGAGGUACUACAUUCUGUAUGUUGUUUGGGAUGCAUUCGGAAUUGUCGUGAUAUAUUUCUUUUUUGUGGAAACGAAAGGCUGGAGCCUGGAAGAAAUUGAGGACCUUUUCAAUUCCAAGAAUCCUGUGAAAGCAAGUCUGGAAAAGAAAAAAAUCAGUGUCGCGGGUGACGGAACCAUCAUCAAUGUUGAUAAGACUGACUCCAAUGCUUGA